AUGGUCCUUCCCAAUGAAACCCAGUUUCACCCCUCCUCCUUCUCAUUGCUCGGGAUCCCAGGACUAGAAUCACUGCACAUCUGGAUCGGCCUUCCCUUCUGCGCUGUGUACAUGACAGCACUCAUAGGGAACGUCACUAUUCUGUUGGUGAUCAAGAUGGACAGCACCCUGCACCAGCCCAUGUUCUACUUCCUGGCCAUGUUGGCUGCCAUUGACCUGGGUCUCUCAACAGCAACUAUCCCUAAGAUGCUUGGGAUUUUCUGGUUUAGCCUCAGGGAGAUCAUCUUUGGUGCCUGCCUCAUCCAGAUGUUUUUCAUCCACAACUUUACUGGCAUGGAGUCAGCAGUCCUCUUGGCAAUGGCUUAUGACCGCUACGUGGCCAUCUGCCACCCACUUCGAUAUGGAACCAUCCUCACCAAUAAGGUUGUUUCUGUGAUUGGCCUUGGUGUGUUAGUGAGGUCAUUUAUUUCUGUUAUUCCGUUUGUAUUUCUCAUUUUGCGUCUGCCUUUCUGUGGGAAUCGUGUCAUUCCCCACACCUACUGUGAGCACAUGGGUCUUGCUCGUCUGUCCUGUGCCAGCAUCAAGAUCAAUAUCAUCUAUGGCUUGGCUGCUAUUUCAAUCCUGGUGUUUGACAUCGUAGCCAUUGCCCUUUCUUAUGUGGAGAUACUCCGUGCAGUUUUCCGUCUUCCUUCCCAUGAAGCCCGACUCAAGUCCCUCAGCACAUGUGGUUCUCACGUUUGUGUAAUCCUUGCCUUCUAUACCCCAGCCCUCUUUUCCUUCAUGACACAUCGCUUUGGCCAAAAUGUGCCCCGCUAUAUGCACAUACUCCUGGCCAAUCUUUAUGUUGUAGUGCCGCCAAUGCUCAAUCCUGUCAUCUAUGGGGUCAGAACCAAACAGAUCUAUGACCGUGUGAGGAAAAUCAUAUUACAAAAUAAGGAAUUUAAACAGAACAGCACCUAA